CAACCGCCUUAAUGCCAUAAUUUUUCCUUUUCCAUUCCCUUAUUUUGGUCAUAGCGAUUUGUGCACAAGUUUGAAGAGCCCUCCUUUCCUUGCCGACGAUUAACGCUUUGAGAACGCGUACUCCGGCGAAGUCCCUCCUCCGGCGAAGAAGUAAGAGAGAGAGAAAGGGAGAGAUCAGAUCUCGUUGUUUAUAAUGGAGAUCUCAGGCUCUCUCCGCAGAAGGGCGGCCUUUCUUGUCUUGACGAUUGCUGUAGCUGCGUUGCUGAUCUCGCCGUCGGUGGCUGAGAUCCGCCUGAACGAGAUAAAAAACGACGCCCGGUCAAUAAUACCCUUCGACGAGUUCGGAUUCACACGUACUGGCGUCCUCGAACUCAAAGUCUCCGGGAUCUCUGUCUCCGAUACAAAUCCCGACCUCGAUGUCUCGCAGCUAGGGUUUUUCCUAAGCACACACGAUACCUGGAUUCACGUUUUGCAGCAGAUACAGGAGAUGGAUGUUACUUGUGCUCUCCAAUCAACGCUCGUCAAACUCGUAUACACCUUCGAUCGUUUACCGGCAACUCAGAUUCGCGUUUCUAUGUCUGUUGAAUCUGCUAUGUACAACAUCGAACCUGGUUCUGGGCGGCGCGUCUACCUGUCUGCCGGUUCUGCCAUAUUGCCUUUCGUCUACUUCCUUUUCUUCCUAGUCUAUGGCAGCCUUGCGACGCUAUGGGCUUCGGUUUUGUUUCGUAAGCGGCUGACUGCAUGCCGGAUCCACUACUUCAUGCUCGCCGUUGUCAUCCUCAAGGCGCUUAAUCUUAUAUGCGAGGCUGAGGACAAGUCGUAUAUUGAGCGUACUGGCAAUGCCCAUGGAUGGGACGUUCUCUUCUACAUUUUUAGCUUCUUGAAGGGGAUUUCCCUAUUUACUUUGAUUGUCCUGAUUGGUACCGGUUGGUCCUUCCUUAAACCCUACCUUCAGGACAGGGAGAAGAAGGUGCUUAUGGUUGUAAUACCUCUCCAGCUCGUAGCAAAUAUAGCUCAGGUGGUGAUCGAUGAGUCCGGACCUUAUGCCAGAGAUUGGAUUACAUGGAAGCAAAUCUUUCUUCUUGUGGAUGUCAUUUGCUGCUGUGCUGUUCUUUUCCCCAUUGUCUGGUCGAUUAAAAACCUUCGUGAGGCUGCAAGGACGGAUGGAAAAGCUGCUGUUAAUCUCAUGAAGCUCACACUUUUCCGACAAUACUACAUUGUUGUAAUUUGCUACAUCUACUUUACUCGAGUUGUUGUGUACGCGUUGGUUACUAUUACCUCUUAUAGAUAUAUUUGGACCAGUGUGGUAGCUGGGGAGCUGGCCACCCUUGCUUUCUAUAUCUUCACCGGAUACAGGUUUAGGCCCGAGGUCCAUAACCCGUACUUUGUGAUUGAUGACGAUGAGGAGGAGGCAGCUGCAGAGGCUCUUAAGCUUGAGGACGAAUUUGAAUUAUGAUUAUAGGUGUAGAGGGUUAUUAGAAAUUGUACUUUCUUGUUCCCCCAUGAAAGAUGACCUUUACAACCAUCCCCAUCAUGGGGAGAUUUCAGCGUCUUGUAGUCUUUGGUAUAUUAUACUUGGAUAUUUUUAUCACUCCUUUACCCAUGUAGAAGGGGAUUCUCGGUCAUAUCCCCAUGUGUAACUUUCAUUUGUUACCUUGUGUACAUUUUAUUAAUCUUUUAUCUUGGAAAGC